AUGGGGUUGGAUGAAUUGACAGAGAGGCAAUUGGGUAUCGUAGGGAAUCAACCCGUCAAGUCCUCAGGCAGGAAUACUACUAUUCUUAGCCCGGUUGGUUGGUUUGGUUGGUUGGAUGGUCUAAGCCCGACUCUCCCAGUCUCACGAUACGGCGUUCGAGCACGAACGAACCCGAUCCAGCCGCAGGAAUGUGCAAGCGUAUGCUUUUCUUUUCUCGACCGAGGCAGUUUAAGAAGACAGAAAGCGGACGAAAAGGCUCAAUCUGGAACCGAACUGUGGUUUGUUGUGAUUGAUGCCCAACAGGUGCCGGCUAGUAGUACACGGGCAUUGAAAAACAAAGACGAGGCUGUUUCUUCAGGGCGAAGUCAGGUAGAAAUAAGGAGGAAUUGGUAA